AGAUGGCGGCGCGGCGGGGCCCGGGGCCGGUGGCGGUGCUGGCACUGCUGGCGCUGCUUGGCCCGGGGUGGCCCCUCCGCGGGGCCCGAGCCGUGCUCAACCUGCAGGAGCUCAGCGAGCUCAAGUACGGCCUCGAGAUCCUGGCCGAGCCCGUGCUGGCCGGGCAGCACCAGGCUGAGGAUGUGGUGACCGUGGCCUCGAGGUUCAAGCAGCGCUACGAGUGCCGCCUGCCCCCCGCGGCCGUGGGGCCCCCCCCGGGCCCCCCCCGGGACCCCCGGCUCUACAACGGCUCGGGCGUGGCCGAGCUGCUGCGGCCCAUGGGGACAGCGCCCUGCCUGCUCAAGACCAAGGACUGGUGGACGUACGAGUUCUGCUAUGGGAGGCACAUCCAGCAGUACCACCUGGAAGAGUCUGAGAUCAAGGGUGACAUCCUUGUCCUGGGCUAUUACCAGUCUGCCUUUGACUGGGAUGACGAGACAGCCAAGGCCUCCAAGCAGCACCAGCUGAGGCGCUACCACAGCCAGAGCUACGUGAACGGCUCCCGCUGCGACCUCACCGGGCGCGCCCGCGAGGCCGAGGUCCGGUUCCUGUGCGAGGAGGGCGCCGGGGAUUACAUUGCCCGCGUGGACGAGCCGCAGUCGUGCUCGUACGUGCUGACGGUGCACACCACGCGCAUCUGCCACCACCCGUUCCUGCGGCCCGCCCCGGGGCUGGCACCGCAGCCCAUCCGCUGCCAGCCCGCCCUGUCACCCGCGCAGUACGUGCAGUACGUGCGGGCACAAGUCUCUGACACCAAGAGGAAGGUGGAGGAGAUCUCGGAGGAGCUCCGGACACUGGACACGCGGCUGUGGAGUGACAGGGACACUGAGACCCCCUCCCAGAGCCCUGAGGGCACCCAGGAGGUGUCCCCUCCUGUGCCAGGGAACCAGCCAGACCCAGCCAAGGAUGGGACAGCUGGGGACCAGGAGGUGACAGUGACAGCCAGUGACCAGCGGGACAGCACCAGGGAACCGUCCCCGAGGGCAGCUGGAGCUCGGGCAGCUGACCCACGGAAGAAAAUCCACUUCAAGGUGAUCCGGAGCCCCGGGGACCUGCUGCAGUUCAUCGAGGAGCUGAAGGAGAGCACCAGGAAGGCCAAGGAGAAGGUGAGCGAGGAGGAGGAGGCAGCAAAAGCUCCCCCAGCCCCCCCUGGCCCCAUGGAGCCCCCCAGCCCCGAGCCCCUGCCGGGCCCUGAGGCCCCUCCUGCGGGGGAGGAGGAGGAGGAGGAGGAUGAAGAUGAGGAGGAGGAGGCAGGGCCGCUGCUGGCCGGGCUGGAGCUGCUGCCGCGGGAGCAGGUGGCGAGGCUGAAGGAGGAGGUGAAGAGUCAGAUGGAGCAGGAGUUUGACAGCAUCAUCAGCGAGGUGGAGGAUGAGCUGGAGACCGAGGGGCUGAAGGGGGAGUUCGACCGGAGCCGAGCAACCCGAACCCUGGCGUCCACCCUGACCCGGCUGAUGGACCGGCUGGACAGGGCUGAGCCCCGGCACGACCCCCCCGAGCCCCGCCGAGACCCCUCCGGGCCCUCCCCCACUCCCGGGGGGCACAGGGAGGAGGAGGAGGAGGAGGAGGAGGAGGGAGGAGCCGCGAGGAAGGGCAGCCACAGGCUCCCCAGCGAGGGGCGGGUGCGGGUGAGGAUGAGCAGGGUCGGGAACCGCGAGCAGGACCGGGAACCCCCCCAGGGGAAGCUGGAACCCCCCCGGGAGGAUCAGGAAACCCCCAGGGAGGAUCAGGAACACCCCCGGGAGGAUCAGGAGCCCCCCCGGGAGAACCAGAGCCCCUCGCAGCUGCCGCAGGUGGAGAAUGAGGUGCGGGCGUUGCUGGCCAAGGAGGGGCUGAGGGCUGAAGGGAAAAUCGAGAUCAAGAUCGUGACGGCGUCGUCGGGGGGCGAGGAGGAGGAGGCGGCGCAGUGGCUGUCGGAGGAGGAUUCCCGGAGCCUGAAGGAGAUUUUCCUCAGCAUCCUGGUGCAGGGCACGGAGGAGGCGCAGAAGGAGCGGCGGCGGCAGCAGGCCCUGGAGGACAAUUAUCGCUUCGUCUGGGGGAAACGGGACGAGCCCCCCCCGCCCCCCGACUCUGAGGACCAAGACUUCUGAUCCCCAAAUUCUCAUCCCUCAAAUGCUGAAUGUCCCCCAGAAUGGUGAUUGUGUCCCUGCUGUGGGGCUGGGCACGGGGGGGCCCUGCCCUCGUUGGGGGGAGGUCGCUGUGUCCCCCCGGGGCCCUGCCCUGCUGGGGGGGGUCACUGUCACCCCCCGGGGGGACCUUGCCCUGCCGUUGGGCACAUUUGUGACAUGGAUGGACUGGGGGGGGUGGGGGGGGAGGAAUGG